AUGGAGAAGGGCGAAUCGACGUAUGUCAGAAAGAUUGUUGAGGAGAUCUUAGCUGAUAAGCCUGAUAUACAACCUUCUUAUAUAGAAAGCAAUUUAGUUGGCAUCGACUCUCGUAUAGAAGAAUUAAGUGCGCGACUGGAAACAAAAGAUAAUGAAAAGGUGCAAAUAGUAGGGAUACAUGGGAUGGGAGGAAUUGGCAAGACUACUAUUGCCAAAGCUUUGUUUAGAAGAAUAAAGUAUAAGUUUGAGGGUAGUAGCUUCGUAAACGAUGAUAGAGAAAACACUUCAAGUAAAAGAGAUAUAUGUGCCUUACAAGAAAAGGUUCUAAGGGAUAUUCUAGAGAUCAAUCAAAACUUCAAUGUUCGAGAUCCUGAAGAUGGAGCUAACAUGAUACGAACAAGAUUUGUGCACAAAAAAGUUCUUAUGGUUCUUGAUGAUGUGGAUAAUUUCAAGCAAUUAGAGUUCCUAGCUGCAACACAUGACUCGUUUGGCCCAGGAAGUAGAACCAUUAUCACUACAAGAAACGAGCAAUUGUUAUCCGAUGCAGAUGACAAGUACAAGCCAGAUUUUUUGAUAAUGAAUGACGCUCUUGUGUUGUUUAAUAGAGGUGCUUUUAAAACAAAUAGUCCUCCAGAAGGGUACGAGGAGUUUUCAUGUCGUGCGAUCCGCUAUGCUGGCUAUCUUCCUUUAGCUGUGAAAGUUUUAGGCUGUUUCUUUCAUGGGCGGAAUGCACUUCAUGAGUGGGAAAGUGCUUUAAAUAGACUAGCAAAAGCACUACCCAUUGAUAUUUUUGAGACAUUGAAGUUAAGUUUUGAUGGGUUGGAGGAUUCUGAGAAGAAUAUAUUCUUAGACAUUGCUUGCUUCUACAAGGGAAGAGACAUUAGAGACGUAACUAAAGUAUUUGAGAGCUGCGGUUUUGACCCAGAAAUUGGGAUUAAUGUUCUUAUUGAGAAGUCUCUAAUUACCAUCUCCAAUCAUAGAAUAGGUAUGCAUGAUCUAUUACAAGAAUGGGAGCUAGAAGAAAUUGAGGCAAUUCUGGUGCCCGAUAAGCAGUAUGAUGUUGACGAAUAUGAGGAGAAGGUGGGUUUUAGGGCUGAUGUGUUUGAACGCAUGAAGAAUCUUCACCUACUUGAUAUUAGAGGAAGAUUUACAUCUUGUGAGCCUACGAUCUUCCCUAACAAGUUACGAUGGCUUUGUUGGAGCGAGUGCCCAUUUACUUCGCUAUCAAUGACACAAAUGAGUAAACUUGUUGGUCUUGAAGUAGUUGGUGGAAGUGUUAAACAAUUUUGGAAUGGACAAAAGAUUAUGCCAAAUCUGAAGUAUCUUAGUCUUCAACAGUUAGACUGCCUGACAAUGCUUCCAGAUGUCUCAAUGGCUCCAAACAUUGAGAAGUUAAUGUUGGUAUCAUCGUCAUCGGAAACCCAGGACCAGUCGGAACGGAUUGAGUUGUGA